AUGUCUGGUAAUAUCAGGCGUAUCAGGUGGGCGAUUCUUCCUGCGCUGACCAUCGCUGCCCUCCUUCUCUACUUUUCACUACCUCCUCUACCCGAUUCAUUCCCCAAAUCCCCCCCCGAAAAGCAUUCAGAAACCUGGUCGUCUCCUUCCUCACAUCGACCGACUACACAUCCAAUCACGAGCCUCAUACAUGAUGCGGAAGAUGCCUUUUCGCACCUCCUUUCGAAGGAAACCCACGACCUAGCUUCUGCGGCGGAAGCAUACAGAAAGGCUAGAGGACGACAUCCGCCUCCCGGAUUUGAUUCGUGGUACGAUUUAGCGAAAAGCCACGAUGUGAUCAUGGUGGAAGAGUUCUGGGACCAGAUCUAUGACGACCUUCGUCCAUUUUGGGCUCUUCCAGCCAACCAAAUCCGCGCCGAUGCUCGUGCUAAUAAUAUGGUGGUCAACAUCAAAGGUGGGGAGUCGGAAGCCAACACUGGCUGGUUUUGGCACACUAUAUGGGCAAAGAUGAUCGGCACUGUCUCGAAGUACCUUCCAGACAUGGUUGUUCCUUGCAACGCCAUGGACGAGCCCCGUCUCCUUGUUCCUUGGGAGACCAUCAAUGACUAUAUGCAGAAAGAACAACAGUCACGCCGCCUGACAGCCACAGCGGACGCCACUGAUGUCUAUCAUAAUUGGCACAAAGACGAUGAAGACGAAUCAGUGGAAGCAACGAAUGCUGACUGGAAAGAGAGCUCCUCAAUGUCACUCGUACCUGAGGCCUGUCACCCGGAUAGCAAUGCUCGGACGUCCGUUGGAGUCAGCGAUGGAUUUGAGAACGGCACAGUACCCGAACACAUGCGCGAUGGUUUUGUGGCCAAUUACACCCUCUCUACCAGUCUUUGUCAUCAACCAGACCUUGCAAUGUAUCACGGCGCGAUCAAUCAGCCUCUAACUGCAAGUUGGAGCCAGAAGCUGAUUCCCUUAUUCGGCGGCUCCAAAAUGGGAGUCAACAAUGAGAUCCUGCUUCCGGCGCCCAUGCCAUGGAGUGAGGACGAAAGGUUCAACGCAGACGAAGGCACCGGCAUCAGUUGGGACACCAAGGAGAAACAGGCGGUAUGGCGUGGCACAGCGACAGGAGGUCGCCACCAUCCAACGAACUGGCAUCAGUUUCACCGACAUCGAUUUGUUUACCUGACCAACGGAACCAAGCUACGCAUCACCGCAGGGGACCCUCAUGACAAAAUCCUGACUUCCAAUUUCAUGCACGCCGCCACGUCCCCGCUCGCACGAGCUACCCAAGAUCACCUAGCGGAGUAUGUAUCAUACACCAAUGAUGUCGGCUUCACCGAUCUCUUCUGCGACGAGCUUAGCGAGAACGGUUCGUGCUGGUACCUGGACAAUGACUAUGCUGUCGUCCCCGGGAUUCCCAUGUCACAGCAAUUCAACUACGCAUAUCUCCCCGAUAUUGACGGCAACAGCUUUAGCGGCCGAUACCGCGCAUUCCUCCUGUCGACGAGCUUGCCCAUCAAAGCCACAAUCUAUCGUGAAUGGCACGAUUCCCGAUUGAUGGCUUGGAAACAUUUCGUACCUAUGGAUAACCGAUUUACGGAUUAUUAUGGAAUUCUGGAAUACUUCCGUGGCUUUGAAGGGUUAGGUGACAGUGAAGCGGUACCUGGGCACGACGAGGCGGCCAAGAAGAUCGCCUCUGAUGGAAAGGAUUGGGCGGAAAAGGUGCUUCGAAAGGAAGACAUGCAAAUUUAUGUUUUUCGGCUGUUGCUCGAGUAUGCCAGGGUGUGUGAUGACAAUCGGAACAAUCUGGGAUUCGUGCGAGACCUCAAAAGGGAUUGA